CAUUCGAUAGAUGUGAUAAGUAACACAGCAUGGCGGCGGGAGGUUAGGGCAGGUCUCUAUUUUAUCACGUGAUAAUUCACAUUGUUGCGAAUCCGGAAGCUGCCUUCACCACCAUCAUCCUCCACGACGCGCCCAACCAUUCAACGAUGUCUAUACAGUACCGACAAGACAUGCCUCCGCCUGGGGGCUUCGAGGCAGUCAAGUACAAACGAAACCUUCCUUUUCGUGGUCCAAGUGGCCUAGUCAUUCUUGGGGCUGUGACAGCCGUGUGUGCAUAUGGAUUCUAUCGUGUUGGGAUGGGAAACCUAGAAAGAAGGGAACUGGAAAGAGAGAAAGUUUGGUCUCGUAUCCACCUUGUUCCCUUGUUGGUGGCGGAGGGGGAUCGAGAUGCGUAUCGUCGGCAGGAAGCUGCAUUGGAACGGGAGCGAGAGAUUAUGAAGGACGUUAAAGGAUGGGAGCCUGGUAAAAGUGUUUAUAACAAUGCACGAUAUCGUUCGGCAGAAUCGAUUGUGGUGUUAUGAUUAUGAUUAGUUUCUUUUGUAGAUUCACAAUCAAAUUAUUAGAUCAGCUUCCAUUGAAUAGAGAGACAGAGGGGCGCCACACAGCAUUAUUAUGAUCUGGUCCCGCCAUUGCUAUAUCGCGCGGGUUAGUUCUACCGGUGGCGAAUGGCGAUGUAAAUGGUGCACCAUAUGUUCGGUUCAAAGAUACCAAGAGUAGAUCAUAGAUUUAGGGCAGGUCGCGCUUUAGUUUUACGCUAAACCUUUGCCUCCAAUUUGCAACGUUUGC